GAGAGGCAUCCUUGGGGCAGUGUGACAAAGAUAACAAUGGUGAUGACGUAGACGACGAUGAUUAUGGCGUUUGUCUUGAACUGCAAAGACAGUUCUUCAUCAGCCACAGCCGGAGAGACAAAAACAAAGCCAGGUUAAAAAUGACGGGAUCAAAAUUGGGGCCUUCACACGCUUCUGUGAGAACAGUCCAAGAGGCCUCCAGCAGUACUAUAGCUGAAGAGGAGGGGGUCACAGUCAGCAGUGAAAAGGUCCAGUCUAGAGAGUCUGUAACUAUGCUGAUUAGGAAGUUUGAUCAACUUAGCCUGCACAUCCAGGAAGCAUCACUCUCUAGGUCCUUUGUUCGGGACAAGCCCUGCCAUACCUCAGCAGAACUCUGGGACAUGCCCUCCUCUGAUUCAGACAGAAACUUCCCCACCUACAGUCCCAAUGACCAUGCUGCUCGUAACCCAAAGCCGGCUGGGGUUGGAGCUGUGUGUCAGAACCAUCGCAUUUCAAGAGGUCCAAACGGUAUGGAAUGCCACCUCUCGUCACUUAGAGAGAGCAGUGCUCAUCUUCACAGCAAGUUGGGGCUUAAGAUGAACACUGGAACAGGAGAAAUCGAAGCAAAGGAGGCAUGCGAUUGGCUGAGGGCAGCAGGAUUCCCACAAUAUGCCCAACUCUACGAGGAUUCCCAGUUUCCCAUUGACAUAUCUGCUGUCAAAAAGGACCAUGACUUCCUCGACAAAGAUCUGGUGGAGCCCCUGUGCCGGCGGCUCAACACUCUGAACAAGUGUGCCUCCAUGAAACUGGACGUAGGCUUCCCCAAGAAGAGAAGUGAGGACUCGGAUGAGGACGACCUGCUGGCCAUCAGCAACAGAUGGACAUUUGAGCGGAGCAGCCGCCGCUGGUCUCGCCUGCGGGACAUCGACCUAAUCCUGGGGGGAGCAGAUGGGCGGAGCCCCUCACAGGGCCCCGGCCUACGGACAACAGUGAGCAGCGAGAGCGUCCUGACCGACCUGAGCGAGCCAGAGAUCUGCUCCCUGCACAGUGAAGACUCUCUGUCCAUCAUGCCUGACUCCGUCUCCCUCGCCCACCUGGGCAUACCCCGAGACCUGCCUCACUACGGCUCACUCCCUGCCAAAAGCGGGCGGCGUGGGCGCACACGUGCCAAGGACUUCCUACGGCGGAUGGAGACGCUGGGGCGCUCGUGGGGGCCCUCGCUAGGGCGUCCAGAGCGCCGAUCAAUGGCUAUCAGUGGGCCAGUCCUGCAGAGUCAGCCGGAAGCUCUCAAAACACUGCGCUGUGUCCCAAUAGUCAACGGAGAGCCAUUAAGUACUGAAAAGUCUCCAACUGCUGGCAGUUGCUCACCCAUGCUUGCUAGCAGUGAAGAGACUAGCCAAUCAGAGACCAGUGGUUGCACUGGGACUGAACUGAAGGAACAUGUGCCCAAACUCCACAGUGCCAGCAAGCGGGCAGGGGUAUACCUAGAUGACCUGGACGUGCUGUCUGGGGUCCCACAAAGGAGGAGGCCUGUAGAGCAGAGUCGGAGGAACGAGUUUCGCUCCUAUGAGGACCUGGUGGUUCACAUCCCAAAGGACCACAAGCCAGGCACCUUCCCCAAGGCGCUGUCCAUUGAGAGCCUGUACCCUGCAAGUGGAGACGCUGGGAACUGGAGAGUUCAGGAGCCGGAACGGCUGCGGCAGCCACGGGCUGGGAAGGGCACAGGCCUGAGAGAGCAGCGGCCUGUGACUCGCUGCUGCCCACGGGGUAGCCGGAUCAGCGUGUACGACAACGUGCCUGGUUCGCACCUAUAUGCCAGCACUGGAGACCUGAUGGACCUGGAGAAGGAGGAUCUCUUCCCACACUUGGAUGACAUCCUGCAACAUGUGAACGGCCUGCAGCAGAUCGUGGAUCACUGGUCCAAAAAUGUCCUGCUUGAAGGUGAAUGCGAGGGUGAUGGGGGGAUGACGGAUGCUCAGUCAUCUAGUCAGAUCACGCUGGAUUUUGAAGGGACCUCGGUGACCACACCCAGUGACGGAGACAGGGACGGUGUGUCUCUGAAUGAUACAGACACUUCCAGCACCAGAGAGCGGCGGGACUCAGGAGUGGGGGCAUCACUGACACGACCUCGCCUCAGGUGGCCCAGCUUCAGGAUGUCCAAUCGCCUCAGCCAAUCAGGAGCCUCGUUACAAAUCUCCAGCCAGUCGGCAGGCCAGCUCAGCCUGUUGCAGAAGUUCUCAUUGCUGCGCUUGACAGCUAUCAUGGAGAAAUACUCUAUGUCCAACAAACAUGGCUGGACCUGGUCAGUGCCAAAGUUCAUGAAGCGAAUGAAGGGGCCGGAGUACAGGGAUAAGAGCGUGUUUGGAGUGCCUCUUAUUGUGCAUGUGCAGCGCUACGGCCAGCCUCUGCCUCUCUGCUUGCAGCUGGCGCUGCGCUACCUCCGGAGCCAAUGCCUUGACCAGGUGGGGCUUUUCCGUAAGUCCGGCGUGAAGUCUCGGAUCCAGGCUCUGAGGCAGAUGUGUGAGAACUCUCCAGAGAGCGUGGACUAUGAGGAUCAGUGUGCAUACGAUGUGGCGGAUAUGGUGAAGCAGUUCUUCAGAGAUCUUCCUGAGCCACUGCUCACCAGCAAGAUGGGGGAGACCUUCCUCCAUAUUUACCAGUAUGUUCCUAAGGAGCAGCGCUUGCAGGCAGUGCAGGCAGCCAUCAUGCUGAUGGCAGAUGAGAACCGAGAGGUCCUGCAGACCCUGCUCUGCUUCCUGAGUGAUGUCACGUCGUCUGUAGAGGAGAACCAGAUGACCCCGAUGAACCUGGCCGUGUGCCUGGCUCCUUCACUCUUCCAUCUCAACAUUAUGAAGAAUGACAACCUGUCACCGAGGUCUAUCCAAAGGAAGUAUGCCACUGGACGGCCUGACCAAAAGGACCUCAACGAGAAUCUCGCUGCCACCCAAGGACUUACUCACAUGAUCACUGAGUGCAACCGACUGUUUGAGGUUCCUCAGGAGAUGGUCACUCAGUCCAGAAAUUCCUACAUGGAUGCUGACCUGCUGGCGCCCCCUCUGGACGAGCUGUGCAAACAGCAGCAGCCACUUGAGGAAGAUGAAGAGGAAGGCGAAGAGGAAGGCUCCUAUCGCUGCUACUUGGAGGGGCUGAUCCAGAACCUGCUGAAGGAGGCCAGAGACAAGACCAAGUGCUGGGUGAGCCGACCCAACAUCGACAACACCGAGCUAUCGUUCAAAAAGCUGGGUGAUGGAACCCCACUGCGGCGAUGGCGUGUCUCAGUUGAAGUGGAGGCUCCACCGUAUGUGGUGCUGAACCGGGUGCUGCGAGAGCGCCACCUGUGGGACAGUGAACUCCUGCAGGGGAAAGUUCUGGAAACACUGGACAAGCAGACUGAGGUGUACCAGUACUCCCUCAACAGCAUGGCCCCUCACCCCAGCAGAGACUUUGUGGUGCUCAGGACGUGGCGGACAGACAUGCCGAAGGGGGUGUGUGUAUUAGUGUCUGUUUCCAUUGACCAUGAGGACAGCGCGCCUAUGGGAGGAGUUCGGGGCGUGGUUCUGGAGUCACAGUACCUGCUGGAACCUUGUGGGUCCGGCAAGUCCAGACUCACACAUAUCUGCAGAGUGGAUCUCAAGGGAAAGUCACCUGAGUGGUAUAACAAAGCCUUUGGUCAUCUGUGUGCUGCCGAAGUGGCUCGCAUUCGCAACUCCUUCCAACCACUGGAUGCUGAGGGCCCUGAGACCAAAAUCUAAGCCUGGCUUUGGAGAAGGGCUUGGGGGGAUCAGGGUUUGGGGCCAAGCUUGGGACCACAGUCCACAGUUAGGCCAAAGAUCAGGGGUUGGACCAGCGCCAAAGUGACUAGGGUUAGGACCAGAGGACUUUGGAUACUGUAACUAACUGUAAAGUGGUAAGAAUAGUAAGUUGAGAGAGCGGCAGAGGGUGAAGUAGAAAGAAGCUAAAAGAGAAAGAUGGGACGUUUUUGCAGCUAUAACCAGACUCAAAAUACUCUCGGAAUACUCGAACAAUGACUUUAAUGCUGUACAGCUCCGAUUUCUGAUGAUCAUGAUUUGUUGUACAAUAUGUUCUUCACUUGGGUGCUUGGCUUGUUAUAUUUCUGGUUAGUCAAAACUCCAAAACUUCACUGCCAGUUUCAGAGUGUCCCUGAUUGGUGGAUGUUUUUGGUGGCAGAGAGGAGAGCAGAAAUGGGAAAUGAAGGUCAGAGAAAGUAAGAAAGGCUCUGCGGCGGUCAUUCAGCUUUGUAUACAGAAGCAGUCAAUGUGAAAAGACCUUCUGGUCUAGUCUAGUCUUCUUAGCUGUGCUUUGAGCCUGCAUUCACAGACAGUACUGUACUAACUCCUGCAGAUAGUGCUAAAGAGGGCAGUCGCGUAAAGACGAGCACUACAUACAGCAAUAUUUUCAUCAAGACGUCACUUCAGCCCAACCGUUGUAGAGCGAUCCAUUUCACAUUUGGUGUUGCGUUUAGGCCCCACUCACUUUUGCACUUCCCACCUGGCUGUUAAUCCUUUUGAAAUUAGUUUCAGAGACAAUACAAAUACACUAUAUUGCCAGAAGUAUUCAGUCGUCUGCCUUCAUACACACAUGAACUUGAGUGACAUCCCAUUCUUAAUCCAUAGGGUUUAAUAUGAUGUCCCACCCUUUGCAGCUAUAACAGCUUCAAUUCUUCUGGGAAGGCUUUCCACAAGGUUUAGGAGUG